AUGCCAAACACUUUCCCAUCAUUCACUUAUCUCCCGUUGGAAUUGCAAUUAUUGGUGAUCGACUUCUCCGAUACAAGAACUUGCACCCAAUUAUUGCAAUCCAACCAUGAUCUCCGGGCAAAGACUGUCUACUGCUUGCAAAAAUCAGUGUCCCACAAAAUAUCCCAAAUGCACAACCAAUUUCUCUUGUCGUUUUAUUCACCAAACAACAAGGAAUCAUCCACAGAAAAAUUUUAUUACCAGGCAGAAAUCACCACCAGCCAAAACCUGGAGUCGCAUGGCUUGCCCAACGUCUCGGUUAAUUUGAAAGAUUUGGUGCUCUCCAAAAACUUAUUUGACAAUUCUGAGAAAAAGGCAGUCAUUGCUAAUCGUCUCCAACAAACCCAAAUGACCACCGAUCAAAUCCCAUUAUUAAUUAAUGAGGAAUCCCCAACUUUCAAGGCAACGGUGUCCCUAGUAUUGAAAAAUAACCAGUCGUUAUCCUCGAGAACCGCUUUAUCCCAAUUCUCCCAAAAAUUUUACAAAUCAAAUAAUACCGGUUCACCAGUUGAAAAAUCUACAAAUUUCUACAAAUUGCAUUAUACCCUUCACAAGCAAGGCACCGAACCCCCAAGGCACGAAUACGACUUUGACUUGUUUGACAAUUUCUUGUUUUCUAUUAAAUCCAUUGAUUUUAACUGCUGUUAUAUUUUGCAUCAACUAGAAACCUUGGCAUCGUAA